CGAAGAGAGAGAAAUAGUUUUCGGGACUCCUCUCGUGUCGGCCAUAGUGAAAAUGGCGGUUACCAGCUUACGUGAAUGACGACGAUCGUGUUCGUCGUUGAUCGGGAUUUAUUGUCGCGCGCGCACAAAAUCGUGAAGGGGAAUAAGGGAGGAAAAACAACGAGGGGCGAGUGCACGGUGUGGUGUGGCUUCGACCGCGCGUUAAUGCGUUAUCACCGAUAGUAGCGGCAGUAACUGUGUUUAAUCAUAUGAUUUAUCUGGAGAGUAAAGAUGCAGAAUGUAGUACAGGGAACGACCUCGGAUAGCCAGAAAAGCCACGAAAAGCAGUCUGCGGCGUCAACGGCAGCGGCAACGGGCGUUCGCUACGAGACUGGGAAGAUAUCGUCGACUCCCCAAUCGUCGAAUUCGAGCCCCACGAAGUCGGAGACCGAGACCUUCUCCGAGCUGCAACCACGUUUUAUGACUGACUCGUCGGAAAGCGAGGAGGACAGCGUUUCCGAGGUGGAGUGUUUUGCGAUUGAUCAAGUUGAAUUGGACGAAGAUCAUCCUGAAUCCUCGAAAUUUUUAUUGACUCCUGAGGAUCCUGAGCGUUCCGUGGAUCCAGAAACUCAAGCGCGUCUCGAGGCACUCCUUGAGGCAGCUGGAAUCGGAAAAUUAUCAUCGGGUGAUGGGAAGCACUUGGCCGACCACGAAGUGCUUCGUCGUUUAACAUCUAGUGUUUCUUGUGCAUUGGACGAGGCUGCGGCCGCAUUAACACGUAUGCGUAGUGACAAUCCACGUACGCCGAACGAAAAACGCUCUCUCGUCGAGGCUUGCACCGACGGAGACGUUGGUACCGUUCGGAAAUUAUUGACAGAGGGCCGGAGCGUUCAUGAAACUACUGAGGAAGGAGAAAGUUUACUCUCCUUAGCUUGCUCAGCUGGUUACUACGAACUUGCUCAGGUCCUCUUGGCGAUGAAUGCCAAUGUAGAAGAUCGUGGUAUCAAAGGGGACUGUACGCCCCUAAUGGAAGCCGCCAGUGCAGGACACGUAGAUAUCGUGAGUCUGUUGAUCGCUCAUGGAGCAGAUGUCAAUGCUCAGUCUACUUCAGGUAAUACACCUCUCAUGUAUGGAUGCGCCGGUGGACAUGAAGAAGUUGUACGUGUCUUAUUAGAAGCGGGAGCUAAUGUUGAAGAUCAUAAUGAGAAUGGUCAUACACCUUUAAUGGAAGCAGCAAGUGCUGGUCAUGUUCAAGUUGCCAAGAUCUUACUUGAACAUGGUGCUGGUAUUAAUACUCAUUCCAAUGAAUUUAAAGAAUCGGCAUUAACGUUGGCCUGCUAUAAAGGACAUUUAGAAAUGGUUCGCUUUUUAUUGGAAGCUGGAGCAGAUCAGGAGCACAAGACUGACGAAAUGCAUACAGCUCUCAUGGAAGCCUCGAUGGAUGGUCAUGUGGAAGUUGCUCGUUUACUUUUAGAUUCAGGUGCCCAAGUGAAUAUGCCGACAGAUAGCUUUGAAUCACCAUUAACAUUGGCAGCUUGUGGUGGUCAUGUAGACUUGGCUAUGCUUCUGAUCGAGCGUGGAGCAAACAUCGAAGAAGUUAACGAUGAAGGUUACACACCGUUAAUGGAGGCAGCGCGUGAAGGUCACGAAGAAAUGGUCGCUUUACUUUUGAGUCAAGGUGCAAACAUCAAUGCCCAAACUGAGGAAACUCAAGAGACGGCGCUUACUUUGGCUUGUUGUGGUGGUUUCCUGGAAGUUGCCGAUUUUUUAAUUAAGGCGGGAGCGGAUAUAGAAUUAGGUGCAUCUACUCCUUUGAUGGAAGCUGCGCAGGAAGGACAUAUAGAUCUUGUACGAUAUUUACUGGAAUCUGCAGCAGAUGUUCAUGCUCAGACGCAAACGGGGGACACUGCAUUGACAUAUGCCUGUGAGAAUGGUCACACUGAUGUUGCCGAUCUUUUACUGCAAUUUGGCGCUGAUCUAGAGCAUGAAUCAGAGGGAGGUAGAACUCCAUUAAUGAAGGCUUGUAGAGCAGGACAUUUAUGCACAGUUCAAUUCCUUAUUACGAAGCGUGCUGAUGUUAAUCGACAAACAACAAACAAUGAUCAUACUCCUCUUUCAUUGGCAUGCGCUGGUGGUCACCUUGCGGUAGUUGAAACGCUUCUAACAAACUCUGCAAAUCCAUUUCAUAAAUUGAAGGAUAACUCUACCAUGCUGAUAGAAGCUGCAAAAGGUGGUCAUACUGCUGUUGUUCAACUAUUAUUGGAUUAUCCUCAUAGUAUUAUGAUGAGUGCCCCCCAUAGUGCUGCCUCUGGGCCUAUGUUAUUACCACAACAACAACAGCCGCAGCAGCAGCAGCAACAACAGCAGCAGCAGCAGCAGCAUAUAAGUCACCAACAACAUGUACCUCACCCUCAGCAAACAUCUACGCAACCUCAGCAUCAGCAGCAACAACAACAACAACAGACCACUGAGCAACAAGCGCAAAAUCUACAACUCAAACAUAAUACACAAAAAUCAUUAUUGAGAAAGAAUCGAUCAGUGACUAUGAUGCCCGAUAUGAGUCUUACUUCUGCCGAAGCGCAACAAGUUCGUUCGCAACCUGCAGGAGAACCGACCGCUAUUACCAAAGAUGAUACUAAUAUUCUCGAUAAAGGCAGUGGAGGAUUCACGAGUUUGUCGGAACCUAACAUUAGUCUCAGUCCAACAUCAACAGCGUCGACACAAGGCGUAAAUGUCACCGAGAGUCGGAAAAAUACUAGACAAGAACAAAUUCUUCAUAAACAACAAAUACUUGAGGAAUUACAAAGGGUAGAGCGAGAAUUGCACAUUAAGGGUGCGGGACAUUUAUUUUCGAGCCAACGAAAUUCCACGGCAAAUCAAGCUCAACAACAACAAGAUCCUAGCGAGACUGAGGCAUUAUUACCAAGCGUACUAAACAUUGAUUUACCAGGUCAAUCGACAUCUCAUGGUUUAGUUUGCAGUACAACUGGUAUGACCGGCAAUUCAUUGUACCAAGGAACUGGUGAUGCAGCAUUAGUGUGCAGUGCUUACAUUGAUAGUAAAUUAAUGGGAAUGCAAGGUGCACACUAUCCGAAGAUGUCCGUUACCUCUAAUGCAAUGGAAACGUUUCCUACAGAUACUUUUCCUUCUUCGCCUCCUUUGUCUCUUGCGUCGUUGCCUGCUACGACCGCUACUCCUAUGCCACUGAUCACCACUUCCUCAACAGCUACACCCAGUCCACCGAGCAUUUCUACUUCUCCGACCAUCAUAGCAGUUUCUCAAUCGCCUAUUACCGCAAGCAGUGACGUUAGCCAAAAUACCGCUAUAAGCGAUCGUCCAAAAGCCAAACCUGUAUCCAAGAAAGAAGGGAAGAACAUACGAAAAGCCACAUCCGGCAUGGGGAUGGCGAAAUUACAGCAAACACAGGCGACCAUAAUGGCCGGUCUUCAACAACAAUAUCAACAGAAGCAACGACAGCAUCCUUCUUAUCAAGUGCAACAAGUUCAACAAUUGCAGCAACUCAACCAACAAUUGCAACUUCAGCUAGAUCAAGUGCAGAUACAACAACAAUCCCAGCAGCCACAAUCGCAACCACAACAAUCUCACCAACAACCUCAUUCACAACAGCAAACGAAUGUGAUCGGUAAUAAUACGAGUAGCAUAUUGAUGCCCACUCAAUUGAUGUCGCAUUUGCAUCCUACGCAUCAUCAUUUACAUAGCCAGCAACCGGCUCAAGAAAUUCUUCCCGAGCAAAUGGAUCCUGAAUUAAUGCGAAAGUACAGAGAAAGCGCUUGUGCAUUUUUUACUGGAGCUCAAAAAUCUAAAACAUUCUCCACUAACGAAAGAAUGUUGAAAUUGGAGGAUGGCACAGAUAUUCCAAUUGAUGAUGCGUUUGAAAUUUUUCGCUCCAUCAAUUUUGAUGAUGCAGUUGAUACAAUAGAAGACCAAGAAAAACUUGAGUUGAAAAGAUUGGAUAUGUCGAAUAACAGCAAAGAACAACAGCAGCAGCAACAACAGCAGCAACAUUUGCAAACUCAAAUAGUACAGCAAAGUGGAAGUCCUCAUGUAUCUCAAGAAUAUUUCACUAGUCCUGUGCUGUCAGUACCAUCGGUCUCUCUACCUACAUUACCAUCACUGCAAGUGACUAGUGCUGGCGUUCAGAUAGAGGCAGACAUAUCAGCGGGAUUACAACUAACGAGUACACAAUCCUUGCAAAAUCCAGCGCUGAAAAAUCGUUUAAGAGCUUUCGAGGAAGGUUUUCGCCAGGGUAGCAUACAUUUCCGCGAAUGUAUGCAACAUAUUAGCAGCGAUACCUUUCAGCCUCAAUUAUUGCUUCAAUCCUCUCAAAUAACAUUUCCUACACAAACAUUACCAGCCGUGAGUGGAGCAACGGGAAUAAUAGAUAGUAUACCGCCUCAUCAGUCAAGCAGUUAUACACAAUCUACAACUUGUAGUGCUAAUCAAGUUCAAGUCGCUACUCAAACUCAAGCACCUGCUAUUACAACCUCCUCGAAUAUUGCCGCUGUUGAUAAGAAACAAGUGUAUACUGCGCCAAUAUCCGGUAAAAGUAAAAAGACCAGAUAUCCUCUCCUAACUCAACAGCAAUCUUGCCAGCAACAACAAACUGCCAAUGCCCAACAAACUUCCAAUUUUUCGGCGCAAAAUUUUCAAAUGGAUCCAGCGACAGUCACAGGAUACACGACCAACCAACAAGUUCCACCUGCUCCAUUCUCAUGUAUGGAGGUUGAUUCAGAAACUGACAGCAAUCACGACACAGCAUUGACUUUAGCUUGUGCUGGAGGACAUGAAGAUCUCGUUGAUCUUCUUGUGAGUCGUGGUGCAGAUAUAGAACAUAGAGAUAAGAAAGGAUUUACUCCACUCAUUUUGGCUGCAACAGCGGGUCACCAGAAAGUAGUCGAUGGUCUGCUCAAUCAUGGGGCUGACAUUGAAGCACAAUCUGAACGUACUAAAGAUACACCAUUGUCUCUUGCGUGUAGCGGAGGCAGAUACGAAGUAGUCGAACUCCUACUUAAUCGCGGUGCAAAUAAGGAACAUCGCAAUGUUUCUGACUAUACACCUUUGAGUCUCGCAGCAUCUGGCGGUUAUGUGAAUAUAAUAAAACUUCUACUCAGUCAUGGUGCCGAAAUUAAUUCUCGUACCGGUUCGAAAUUGGGUAUAUCUCCACUUAUGCUUGCUGCUAUGAAUGGACAUACUGCGGCAGUUAAAUUACUGUUGGAUAUGGGCAGUGAUAUUAAUGCACAAAUUGAGACAAAUCGUAACACAGCAUUGACACUUGCGUGCUUCCAAGGAAGACAUGAAGUUGUUAGUCUUCUUCUCGAUCGAAAAGCGAAUGUUGAACAUCGAGCUAAGACGGGUCUAACACCGCUAAUGGAAGCUGCUAGCGGUGGAUACGUAGAGGUUGGCCGCGUGUUACUUAGCAAAGGUGCGGAUGUUAACGCAACACCUGUCCCAUCGUCUCGUGAUACUGCCCUAACUAUUGCUGCUGAUAAAGGUCACUGCCGUUUCGUGGAACUCUUAUUAACGAAAGGGACUCAAGUCGAAGUAAAAAAUAAAAAAGGAAACAGCCCAUUAUGGUUAGCUGCAAAUGGCGGUCAUCUUAGUGUCGUAGACCUGUUGUACCAUGCAAAUGCGGAUAUCGAUUCGCAAGAUAAUCGUAAGGUUUCCUGUCUGAUGGCUGCUUUUCGAAAAGGUCACAUUAAAGUAGUCAAGUGGAUGGUGAAUCACGUAACGCAAUUCCCGAGUGACCAAGAGAUGACUAGAUAUAUAGCGACCGUUAGCGACAAGGAACUUUUAGAGAAGUGUCAAGAAUGCGUAAAAGUAAUAAGAGCGGCUAAAGAGACGCAAGCUGCUAAGGCGAACAAAAAUGCUACUAUACUAUUAGAGGAGCUCGACAUGGAAAAGACAAGAGAAGAAUCGAAAAAGGCAGCCGCUGCGCGAAGACGAGAAAGAAAAAAAAAGAAAAAGCUUGAGAAGAAAGAAGAGAAACGUAAGCUUCACGAGGAAUAUAAAAAGAACGAGACAACUUUCGAGGAUAAGGAAGAGAAUGGAAAGAAAUCGGGUGACGAAGAAUGCGAUCGAGCGGAUGAUAGUGAACACGAGGGCGGCGAUGAGAGAAUGGAGAGCGUGCCGUCGCCCAUGAACAGAAGUCCAGAAGAUCCUGAUAGAGAGGAGGGUGAUAGCGGAAUAGAUGCAAAUAGUCAGGGCAGUUGUAGUAGCAACGAUGUGAAGGCAAGAGAAAAGAAGAAAGAUAAAAAGAAAAAAAAGAAUAAUACUCCUAGUAACAACGAUAAAAAUACAUCCCCGCAGCGUUCACCUAAAGCACUUCUUACACAAAAUAACAAUUUAUCUCAAAACACGGCAACAUCGACCAAGUCCCAAAAUAAUACUUCAGAAAAGCGAAUUAUGACUAAUAUUACCAGUGCAGUAUCCGCACCUACAACUUCAGUCACGACUAGAACAUCCACUACCGUCAAUUCUGAUCGAAAACUGAAAGGUCAAUUAGUUUUCGAAUCCUCUAGGCAUCCUGCUGAUAGAGAAGAUUUCGAAGCGACUGGCAAUGAAACUUAUGUUCCUGGCAAAGGAAAAAAGUCUUAUAAUCAAUACGAUGGAGAUACUUUGAACACAUUAACCAAGAUAAGUAAUACUAGUCCCAAGCAAAGCGGAAAACGCGAAGAAGGAUGGAAGGAAGUUGUACGAAAGGGACAAUCGGAUGAUUCGGGUAGAUUUAUGAAUUCACCGUUUCGUUCCAAAAAGGUAUCGGUUCCGCCGAAUGCUAUUAGUCGAGUGAUAGGUAGAGGUGGCAGUAACAUAAAUGCCAUUCGUGUUGCAACAGGCGCACACAUCGAAGUAGAAAAGCAAAGUAAAUGCCAAGGGGAAAGAAUCAUCACAAUUAAGGGAUCAUCUGAAGCUACAAAACAAGCUCAUACAUUGAUAUCAAUACUUAUCAAAGAUCCUGACGUGGAUAUAUUGCAAAUGCUUCCAAAAUCAAAGCUCAAUGUCAUAACAACUUCUUCGUGGGACAAAUCUAUUUCCACAGUCGCGGCAUGCAAGACAAAAGUUGGAUCUGUAAAUAAAUCAUCUAAUCUAGCAUCCAGUACAACCAAUAACCAAGUUAAUAAGCCAGGAUAUCCUUCAAGUGUGUCUACUACUGUAAGCCAAUUAGUUCCUCUUCGCUCAUCGUCCACUAUUAAGCUUGCUGGUGCUUUCUCUACUUCUUUACCACGUGCGACAGCACCUAGACUCGUAGCCGCAGCAGAGAAGCGCGCGCAAGCUGUAGCCGCGCAAAUGGCCUCUUCGUCAAACACCAAGACGACAAUGUCAUAUACAAGUGCAAUCAUGACUGCUGGUAGAGCAGGGACGAAGAUCGUCGCGACUAGCACGACGCAAACGUUUGCGGCGAAGCUGUCCGAAAUCACUGCCUCGACCCAUAGUUCCACAACGGUCAUGCAAUCCACUCAUGUCGCACCUGUGAAUAAGCAACAGAAGCCUGGUGCACAAGUCAUGACAGUUAUGUCGGCCGCAGCGACCGUUCAUGCAACCAACAACCAGCAGCAACAGCAGUCUGUAAUCAGUACGUCGCCGAAACACUGCCGAUCACUGCCUACUUUGCCUGUCCCGUCAAUAGCGUGUCACUAUACCGGAAAGUCGAAUUACCCGCUCGGAACGAGCGCGAUUUCGUCAUCAGCUACAAGUACCGUGGCGAUGACAAACUGCUCGGAAAGUUCAAUCGUGUCUACGUCAACUAGUUCUAUCCGGAUGACAUCCUCACCACCUAUAUCGUCGCAAACGCAAACGUUGCCGCCGCCAUCGCCAGCGCAGCAGCAACAGCAACAACAGCAACAAAUUGUUCGUAGCACAACUCCAAUUGUGAUGCAAGAGCAACAACAACAUCAACAACAACAACAAUUACCUAGUAGCACACCUCUCGAGUACUCCUUAUUUAACGAUACUUUCACCAAAGUCACGCAACAGUCGAUGUGGGGCGGAAGAGAGAACGAAACUCAGAAAGGCAUGAAUUUCGCGACUGUUGCGGGCGGUGGUGUAUCGUCAAAUACAGGUUCCAGCUCGUCUGCGGCUAAGUUUGACAGUUCUCCGCCCCAGGUGGAUGCAGCCAAAGCUCCUGGAUAUCGUGGAACAACGAUGUGUUCUCCAGUUUCCAGCAAGUCAGGUAUCACGAGUAACUCAUCAACUAAUAUAAUCGGUAACGUGGUAUCAUGCUCCGUGCAGAACAAUCCAAUGCAAUCUGCACAAUUUCAAUCUUCAACAAGCUAUAACGAGCAUCCGUUACCGAAUAAACCACCGGGAAGUCUAGCGGUGGCUAGACCAGUGAUGCCCCAGCAAGGUAUCGACAUGGGAGCAAACAUGGCAGCAGCACAGUACAAUAGGCCAGCGGUUUUUCAAGGUGACUUGACGUCGCGAAAUGCGACGUCGCACCAACCGACGACCCACGUAUAUACGACGAUACCAUCCUCUACGUCGCAGCCAGGAUUGGACGUUGGCUUGUUCAAGACAGCGAAUAACGCCAGUGGUUACGAGCAUCCAAAUUCUAGCCUGCUGAAGAUGGUGCCGAACGAGAAUCAGGGCGGUGCUGGUCAUCCCCUAUUGCCAUUUCACCCGCACAUGCAGAGCUUUGCGCAGACCAUUGCACCAGCCACUUCUGUGAUCAACACCACCGUCAGCAUGUCGAGGUUGAAUCCCCGUGCUCCCGACUUUUCCAGUUCGUUGCAUCUGAACAAUAAAUCGCAGGUAACGAUGUUUAAUCCUGCCACCGGAUCGGCAUUGCAUCCGGCGAAUAUGUUCACGGCCACCGUACAGGCACCACCGCCAUCCGCGAUACAGUCGAACAAUCUGGCAAUGCUUGGCAACUUCCCAUUGGGAAAGUAUCAGCCGCCUUCACGUGCGGCACCGGCGGCGAAUACUGGUAUUUCAACGACAGCUCAGACACGUUGGCCAUUUGCACCAGCACCGCAUACCAAUUAUCCGCCGCAUCAGGAGCCCAUGAUGAGUCAGAUUAGUUUCUCCAAUCACUUGGCUAAUAUUGGCGGGCAGCCUGGUGGUAGUAUGGAUCUUAUCACAAGUCUGGAGAACGGUGGUUCACCGGCCAUAUCCCCUUCAUCACCGGCACAAGUCACUCAGGAGAUGAACCAAUUGAAAAUCGAGGACCGUAAGGUUCCACGACCGAUCGGUACCGAGAGAGCAACGUGGAAAAAUUACUCGGCCGCAAACAUGGGUCCGGGCGGAGAUGCUGAUACCAUUAGUUGGAUGCUCAACGAGAAAUUAGGUUGGCCUUCUAAUUGCAACUUGGCGCCCGGUAUCGAUAGGCAUCAAAUAUUCCGAUCAAAUUCCACUUACAAUCAACGUAUAUCCAAUGUCGAUCCUGAGCUUCAUCAGAUGAUGGAAUCCACUUUUCAGGGUCAUGUAGAUACUCAACAACCUUAUCCGGCUAAUGGAAAUACCGCGGCUUUAUCACUUAUGCCAGGCUUGGCAUUAUUGCCAGGACAAUUUGGAGCACCUGGUCUGGCGGAAAUCCCUCCAAAUGAACCGAAUAAAAUAGAUCCACCAGCAUGGGGAAUGCCCGAUGCUGUGCAAGACAAGCAACAUCCGGCGUGGACUAAAUGGACUCAUUAAAAACCCAAAUCGUAUUGACAAAACCUGAUGAUGGAAAUUCUGCAAUUCGUAAUAGUGAUAGUACUUGAAAUCUCGUUUAAUUAUUUAUAGGCGCAUAAAUUUAUAAUCUUAUUGAAACCCAGAUUCUUUAUAUUACAUAUCAUGCUAAAAACAUGAAGUCCUUAAUUAUUCACUGCUGUUAUUAGAAUAUAUUAAUUUAAUUAUAAUGCAAAGAGUAUAAAAAAGAAUCAGAAUAAAAACCAGUCUUGUGCAUCUCUAUUCGCAAAAGGACGCAGACGAUGCGUUUGCAGUAAAAAGUUGGAAUUUAUUUCACUUAUUGCAUGACGAUACAUCAUUUUGCGGUUGCGUUUUGCGAAUAACUAUAUAAACGAUCCUUAAAAUUAGCAUAAUGGAAACGAAUAACAGUAAUUUGAUGAUUGACAUAUGAUCCCUUCAGAUUGAGAUAUUAAUUGCGGAUAGUUGUAUGCUCCUAUCAGUUAUUGAUUAGAAUACAUCUUAAUAAUAAUUGAAUAUUAAUAAUAAUGAUUAUUUUCGUCCUUAUUAUUGGAAAUGAUUUGGAUAUGGCAAUAUUUCAAACUACCGUGAAUAGAAUAUUUGUCAGUUUCAUCGCAAUGAAAUUCAUAAACGUACAUUCUCAUAUUUUACACUAUCACUUCAGCUUUUGCGAUAAUGAUAAUUAACUUUCAGGAUUUAAUUCAGAAUCAAUUUGAAUU